CAUUGACAUGGGCCUAACGAUUCUCGGAUCGUCAUUAUUUGUAACCAUAGAGCAUGAAUUGCCUCUUGAGGUCAUCAGUGAGAAUUUACGACUGGUCAACAAAAGCACGUGAUUCCCAAACGCACCCCCCACCCCACCCCCAUAUUUGGCCGCAUACAUAGCAAAAACGAAGUACAGUGCAUCGCUAUAAUUCAUUAAUACAUCAUAAAUCCUCAAGCACAGGGGUUAUAACGACCACGAGCCCCACAAAUCAAGCCCCUCCAAAAAUACGACCCCAAAUGAGUUCUUACUUUGUAAACUCGUUCUCAGGACGCUAUCCUAAUGCCCCCGACUACCAGCUGCUAAAUUAUGGGACCAGCAGUUCCAUGAACGGAUCUUAUAGAGAUCCCGGCAACAUGCACGCCGGCUCUUACGGUGGAUACAACUACAAUGGGAUGGAUCUGAGCAUCAGCCGCGCCGCCUCUGCCUCCAGCCACUUUGGAGCGGUGGCCGAGAGCUCGCGCGCCUUCCCCAGCCAAGCCCCGCCAGAGAGCCGUUUCCGCCAGGCGUCGAGUUGCUCCUUGUCCUCCCCCGACUCCCUCCCUUGCUCCAGCACCAGCACCAGCGGCGGCAAGAACAACAGCAGCGGCAACGGCGGCGGCGGAGGCAACGGCGAGAGCCAUGGAGGCAAAGGCGCCUCCUCCGCUUCUUCCCCCGCCGAACAGGCUCAGGCGGCUGCCGCUGCAGCUGCCGCUGCCGCCGCCGCCUCCGCCGGCGCCGCUUUCGCCGAGUUAGACGAGACCAGCGCGUCCUCGGGCCCCGAGGAGAGCGGCUCGCAGGUCGCCAGCAACGUCGCCCGGGCUCCGACGGACUCCAUCGCCGCCGCCGCCACUACGCCGGCCCCCGAAGGACAGAGCCCGCAGAUCUUCCCCUGGAUGCGGAAACUUCACAUUAGCCAUGAUAUGACCGGGCCGGACGGCAAGCGAGCGCGGACGGCGUACACCCGCUACCAGACCCUGGAACUGGAGAAGGAGUUUCAUUUUAACCGCUACCUCACCCGCCGGAGGCGAAUAGAGAUCGCCCACGCCUUGUGUCUCUCCGAAAGACAGAUAAAAAUCUGGUUCCAGAACAGGCGGAUGAAGUGGAAGAAAGAUAACAAACUCAAAAGUAUGAGUCUCGCCUCUGGUGGGAGCGCCUUUCAGCCAUAAAUUAUACCGAGGAGGGCAUAUGAAGGCUAUGAGAAGGUGGAGAACGGGGGGUGGGGGGAGAGGAAGGACGAGGGGAAAGCAAAAGCGAGCAAAAGUUUCCGACAAAAGAAGCAAAACAGCCACUGGGUUUUUAAAAUAUAUAUAUAAUUCCGAGCACUGCGAAGUGAAGCACUUUCCAUUCAGUUUGCUGUUGGUUUGUUUUCUGGUUAGGUUUCGAAGGAAGCCCCUCCUGUGGUGCGAUCCCUCCCAGGACCGUGUCCUUUGCUGCGAUUUCCCCGCCCCCCCUUUAAAUUAAGAAAAAAAGGAAGAAUAAUAAUAAUAAAGUUAUUUCCAGAGGCUUCUUUAAUGAUCUAAGUGUUCUAAAUGUUUGUGUCCGUGUUGAUAAAUGAUGCUUUCUGGGGGAGGGAGGGGGAAAAAAAAGCUAGCAUGUUUGUUUUUUUAAUUUUGUUUUGUUCUUUUUUUUUUUUUACAAAAGAAAUGUGCGAUCUUUAAAUGUUAUAACUUAUUUAUAAUGUGCUGAGGAAGUGGACAGAGGGGUUCUUCUUUUCCAAAGCUGAGCGCUUUUUGGAGAGAAUCCGACCUCUUUUCCUUUUUUCCCCCCCAGUCGGGGCACCCCGUCCUUCAAGAGGAGGGGUGGAAUUAAAAAAAUAAAAUAAAAUAAAAAAAAUCAACCACAAAAAAUGUUUUGAAACAUUUACAGUAUAUCUCUAUAUAAGCUCAUGUAUCUUUCUGUCUUUGGAAGUGUCAAGUCUGUGAUUCGGUCCAUAUCGCUGGCCUCUCUUGGCUCUCAGGCCCGUGCUGAGACUUUUUUCUUUCUUUCUUUCAAUGUGGGUGAAGUUCACUUUAAAAAGGGUAUCUACGAUUGGACCAACCAUAGUAUGUUGAAAUAAUGUUUGUAAAUACUAGACAUAUUUCUGCGGUGACUCAUAGGAAGUUUUAGUGGGCAGGGUGAAUUCCGUGUUCUGUGUCUCUGAAAUGGCAUUUGUCCCGUCUAGCUGCCUGUUUCUCAUCUUUGCCAAGACGCUUUUUCGUAUGCAUUGUAGCCUUAACUUGAAGUCAAAUAAACGUUGCUCCUGGCCAGGAAAAAAAA